AUGCGUUCGAUUCUCCUUCUACUUCUCAUUUCGACCGUUGUUUUCGCCAAAAUCGAUCAGUUGAAGGAGAAGGCGACAGAGACUCACCGUGAUGCCACCAAAUUAAAGGCGAAAGAGGCUCCGGAGCACGUCGACCACAGGAAAGUGUGUGAGUUAUUCGGAGAGUUUCUCUUUUCAUUACGUGCUCGCAUUUCAGUUGCCGAUAACUUCAAAGUGCGUCGGAUUGAGCACAAAACAGCCAUAGACUCGAUAAAAGGAAUUGGAAAAGAUAAACGGAGGCGGUUUUUGGAAGAUGUAAGCUUAAUCUUGUGAUAGAAGGCAGACGCACGUUUCAGCUGCUGAAAAAUGUGCAAAACUUGCUGAAAGAGUCGCGCGAAACUCUGGAACGAACCUCCCAUCGCUCCGAUUCUCCGUUCCCGCACAACAGUGAUCUUCUGAAGGAUGCUCUCUCCAAGGUUCUGGAAAACACCGCCCUCUUCACGGAUCUUUCGCUUGGAUUCUCCAAGUUUUUCGAAACAAAAGUACAAAAAGACCGAAAGCUGAAAACUCUUCUCGUUUGGGCAUUCAACUACUCGAAAGGCACUGGUAAUACUCAAUCCUUCAGCUUCUCUUGUGAUCAUCUGAAAAUGAUAUUGCUUUCAGGUAUUUUUGAUGAGGAAACAGCAGCAAAAGUAGAGUUGAUGGCUCAGCAGCACGAAUUGAUCGAGAAGCCAGAGAGGUAGGCAGACUCUUCUCGAAAACAUUAGCAUUUCGUUUUCAGCUUCUUCAACUUAUACGACAAAGAGAGAGCGAAAGAAGAUAAAGAAGCCGGAGAGACGCGGAGAAGACUGAGGAAGCAGAAGAAGUCGGACACAAAGCAGCCAAAGGGCGAAUUAUAA